GUCCAGUCUUGAAGACUCUCAACGCUCGAGACCACAACGAGUGUAAAGACGCCUGUUUUAUGAAUGUCCCUGAUGAAUGCUACAUGUUCAACUAUUACUCUCAAGAUAAAAAGUGUGAACUGCUCUACAAAGAUCGCUUAUCGAGUUACAAGGUGGUCAAAAGAAAUGAUUCCGCAUUCAAGACCAGAGAGUGCAAGAUUAACUCGUGUCAAAAUGGCGGACAGUGCUACUCGCUUGGUGAGGCAAGUCACGAGGCCUGCAUAUGCAAAAAGGGAUUUGACGGUAAAUACUGCGAAAUUAACAACCAGGAAAACCCGACAACCACGAAAAUAUCAACAGCGGCAUCAACAACUGCACCAAUAACGACGGUGGCAGCAACAGCAGCAUCAACGACAACAGAAGCAUCAACGACAACAGAAGCAACAACAACAGAAGCAGCAACGACAACAGAAGCAACAACGACAACAGAAACAACAACAACAAAAGCAACGACAACAGAAGCAACAACGNACGUCUGUCAAAUUCAGCAAAACCCAACAACUCCGAAAAUAUCAACAGGGGCAACAGAAACAACUGCAGCAGCCGAAACGACAUCAGUGCCAGCAACGGGAGCGGCAACAACAACAACAACAACAACCUCAGAAGCUCUAGAAACAACAGCAGAAAUUACAACACUAGGAACGACAACUUCAGCAUCAACGACCACAGCAGCACCGACACCUGCAACAAAUAUUUGGGUCAAAGUCAGUACAAGCGCAGUAUGYUUCGGAACCAAGGACGAUUCUUAUGGAAGUUUUACAGUCACUAGAAAUGGACGAAUCAAGACAUUCAAACUCAUUUACGUCUCAGGCAUCGGCUURAAAGGUGAGACCAUUGGAGGUUACGGAAAAUGGGGAUCUGGAGUAGGAGCAGCAUUACCAAUCCCUAGAAUAGAAACACACAUUACUGAUGCAAGCAACAAAAGAAUUGCCCCGCCCAUUGGGUAUCCAAUAAUAGAUGAUUCAUGGGGUCGAUUGGGAUACGAUGUUCCAGGAUACAACUACAACAGCGRCGAAUUGCUUUUCCCCGAGAUUUCUCCUGCAAAAGAUGUGAAAAUUGGAGAUCAAUUUAGGAUUUGGUAUGGAGCAGAUUUGCAGAAUCAGUGGGAAGGUGACAAUUCGGGACAGACAUGCGCAGACGUGCAUGCUUUGUACUCCGAGAUGCUAUAAUUAUGAACACCUCAUCGCUACCUGACAAUCACGUAAUGACGUAAAGCAAAUCAAACCAAAAUGAAUAAAUGAUUUURUUUGGAUGACUACGUACUCCUAUGGGGUGAGAUGAGACAGGCCAUCGAGCUGUUUUAAAUUUGUUUUAACAACAUGCGCUCUUUGAGCGUCUUAUUCAACUUUUAACUUAAAUUUCAUAUGAAAUUACACAAAAAUUAAUUACUGUAAUUAAAUAAUUGAAAAAUUGACAAAUCAUUGUCAACCUCCACAUGGGAGAUCGUCUGGGAAUUAAUUUAAAAAACAGUGAAAACACAAGAGAAGUUCAUCACUUUGCGAACAAUAAUAUCAUGAAUAAUACCUAAAACUACUUACUUCCAACUUCAAGAAAAUAAAUUUUUGAAUUCACCCAA